AUGGAGCCAGGCUUGCUGAUGUGGGGAUUCUUCAUAUUCAUCGUUGUACCCGGCUGCGUGACAGAUGCUUGUCUUGAAGACCCACCGAGUCUCAGAAACGCCACGUUCAAGGUCCUCAGGUACGAGGUGGGCACCAUGAUAAACUGUGACUGCAAGAAAGGCUUCCGCAGAAGGUCGCCCUUCAUGCGCUGCACGGGAAACUCCAGCCACUCUGCCUGGGAAAACAGAUGCCACUGCGACAGCACCUCCUCCCCUAAGACCCCAGGAAAACAAGUUACUCCUGGACUCAAAGAACAGAAUGAAGAAAAAACCACAGAAAUGCAGAGCCAAAUGCAGCCCAUAGACCAAGCUAACCUUCCAGGUCACUGCAAGGAGCCUCCACCAUGGGAACAUGAACGUGAACCUUUGAAGAGAAUUUACCAUUUCAUGGUGGGGCAGACAGUUUACUACCAGUGCACUCAGGGAUUCAGGGCCCUACAGGGAGGCCCUACCAAGAGCACCUGCAAGAUGAUCUAUGGGAACAUGAGGUGGACCCAGCCCAAGCUUGAGUGCAUAAGUGAAAGGGAGAACAGUCAGUUUCCAGGUGAUGAAGAGCCUCAGGAGAGCACAGAUGCUCCCCCUGGCAGUGAAACUUCUUUUCCCUUAACAACGAGGAUGGCAGGUACCACAGAUUUCCAAACACCCACAGAAGUGGCUGCGACCAUGGAUACGUUCAUAUUUACAACCGAGUAUCAGAUCGCAGUGGCCGGCUGCAUCCUGCUACUCAUCAGCAUCCUCCUCCUGAGCGGCCUCACCUGGCAGCAGAGAUGGAAGAAGAAUAGAAGGACAAUCUAGAAAACCAAGGGCAAGAAGAAGCCAAGAAGAACCC